CUCAAAUCAACAAAGUGAACCAGCUUUAAAACACCAGCAAAUAGAACAAGGGAAUGGUCCUCAAUCUCUCACUCCAUAUCUGCUAUCCAUUCCUGCGUUUCUAUACUUGACGACCAGGUGUUCGACAAAAGAUUGCAAGGAUGGACGAGGUGAUUCUUCUCGAUUUCUGGGUCAGCAUGUUCGGAAUGAGAGUCAGAAUAGCCCUGGCCGAAAAGGGUAUCAAGUAUGAGUACAAAGAAGAGGAUCUGAGAAACAAGAGUGUUCUUCUUCUUCAGAUGAAUCCAAUUCACAAGAAAAUUCCAGUUCUCAUUCACAAUGGAAAACCCAUUUCUGAAUCUCUCAUAAUUGUUCAGUACGUUGAUGAGGUUUGGAAUGAAAAGGCUCCAUUGCUUCCUUCUGAUCCUUAUCAGAGAGCCCAAGCUAGGUUCUGGGCUGAUUUCAUUGACAAGAAGAUGUACGAUGCGGGGAGGAAUGUUUGGACGACGAAAGGGGAAGAGCAAGAGGCAGCCAAGAAGGAAUUCUUGGGCAAUUUGAAGCUGUUGGAGACAGAGCUUGGAAACAAGCCGUACUUUGGGGGAGACAGCUUCGGGUUUGUGGACAUCGCGCUUAUUGGAUUCUCAUGCUGGUUCCACGCAUACGAGACAUUCGGCAACUUCAGCAUCGAGGCCGAGUGCCCCAAGCUCAUAGCGUGGGCCAAGAGGUGCAUGGAGAAGGAGAGUGUCUCCAAGUCUCUCGCUGAUGAGAAGAAGGUCUACGAGUUUGUUUCCCGAAUGAGGAACAAGCUCGGAAUCGAAUAGAGGAAGAGAAGGGGGACACGCCAUGACUAGUCCUAGAUGAUUGCGUAUUACUACUCGUACUGCUUGUGUAAGUUCAUUCUCUUGUUUUUGGUUUGUUGUUUGUUGUUUCUGUUGGGAUUGUGUUUUCUUUUGAACGUUAAGCUCGCUGUGUUUUAUAAAUAGGACACUUUGGUGUGUCUUAUGAAUGUCAUGUAAGUAGAGCUGUAGAGGUAAUGUUUAAUUUAUGUUUAAAGGGGUUGUUAAUUUACUUUAAUUCUGAGCUGUAGAGCUGUAGAAAUAAAAGAAAGCUCUUCUUUGGCAUUUUGUUUAAA